AUGGCCUUGAAUCAGAUCUUUACGGGCGGUAUCGGCCUCGCCGCCGAAGCGAUAAAACACCAAAAGAACAAGAAAGCUGCAAAAAAUGCAUCCGCAGGCGACUCGAUAUCAGUAUUUGGGACAAUUAGUCCCUCCAAUUCCCGGCAGACGAAUGCUGGGAACGAGGAGAUGUAUCAAGAAGCCAACAGAAUCUCACUAAGAUGCACCAAGUCGACCGACAAGCUUCACAAGGAUCUUGACUGUUUGGAGAAGAGACCAUCAGUAGAAUCAGGUCCAUCCCGCGCUGUUAUACCAAAAGGCGUGGGUAAAGAUCCUGCACGUAUUUCCGCUCUGGUCGAGGCAUUCCUCGCAGUCCAUCGACCACUCGUACGCCAGACGCCAGCCCUUUUGCCAUUCGCCGUCAUAAUUCCACAGCGACGGCCUGAAUCAAGACAGAGAGGAUUCGUGCCUGCAUAUGCACCUUGUCUUGCGCCUUGUGGCAUCAGUGAAGACGCGUUCAUGCAGUUUCACGAAUUCUAUAACGAGUCCCUACGCUACUCGAAUGCCAUCAAAGUUGUUACUGUUGCAGCUGGAGCGGCAGGUCUGGUUCCCAGUAUCACGGCCACCGUCGUCUCCCUGACGAUUGGGGCGGCUGCGCAAACUGCAGCCUCAUUGCAAAGCCGCCAGCGCACGAAUGAUUUCUUAUCACAAAUGAACUUGGAGUACUUUAUGCCUAUGGGACUUGUCUGCCUCGUUAUGAGGUAUACAGCUCCUGAUCAUUACAGUGAAACUACAAAUAUUUACCAAGCCCAUUCCCAAGCAACAAACCAAUCGCGCUGGAACUUCAGUGUCGACCACGGCCAAAUGGGAGAUGCAUCAAUGCCGCUCGCGGCUCCUCUAAUUUUCCCAAAAGCCAGCUCAGUACAAGAUCCAGACAAAUCAACCAAGUUCGAGCGGGCAAAGCAGUUUAUCCAGGACUACGGAGACCGAAGGGCACAGGCCGAAUUUGCGAUGAACCACCCGGACUCACAGCUAACCAAGGCUGUAGCAAGCCAGGUCAAAUUUCAAAGCUUUUUGGGAGAUCCAAGGAAUUUCUCCAGCGUCUCUAGGAAUUCACUGCAAGAAAUGGCUCAUGACAGGUUGACAGGUCAGGGAACCAGAUUCCCCGCUCCUCAGCGUGAUAUGAGAGUGAGAAGCAGAGUUCAAAUGGUCCAUAACGAAGAAGAGCGAAUUAAAAUUGCUGGCCUUGAUACCCCCGAUCCGCAGUCGAGGGACAGGGUUGAUUCCACCAAGGAUGUACUCUACAUGAUGAUUGUCCCUCUUCCUUCCCAGGAACAAAUCAAUUCUGCAUAUGAUGAGCCGCCAACAUACUGGGAAACUGAGGAGGUGAGAUGGUGA